AUGGAGAUCCAUGUCCCGGCACAUUGCCUGGACCGGUCGUUUUUCGUCAAGCACCAAGGCGUAUCUCCGGGCAUAUACACUGUUGGACUGGGUCUCAAGUACAUGAGUUACUGUACCGACAGAGAAGAUGUCUGCUCCCUAGCGCUGACGGCUGCCUCUUCGCUGCUUCGCAAGUCCAACAUCGAACCCAGGUCCAUUGGCCACCUCAAGGUAGGCACCGAGUUGCCCAUCGACAAGGCCAAGUCAGUCAAGUCGGUACUCACAACCUUGUUUGCACACCCGGGCAACAAGAGCAUGGAAGGCAUCGACACGAUUCGCGCAUGCUACGGCGGAACCAAAACGCCCUGUUCAACGCCGCCAACUGGGUCGAAUCUCGCUCGUGGGACGGUCAAGAUGCCAUCAUCCCCACCUCGGGCAUUGCCAUCUACAAUCAGCAUGCUUCGCGCCCGCCGGCGGUGCUGGCGCCUCCCUUGCGGCUACACCAGCACCCUGGACGAAUGCCACAAGAACCUUCUACAACGUCUCGAGACUGCCAGAAACAAGUCCGUCCUCGACCUCUUCAGCUACAUGGCCUUCCACUCGCCCAACUGCAAGCUUGUUAGCAAGUCCUACGGCCGGCUCCAAUACAACGACUGCCUCGCAUCAUACCCCAACAACGACAACGACGCCGCUCGCUGCGGAAGCAAGGAGCUGGAAAAAGUGCUCGUGGCGCUGACGCGAGACCGAUUCCGCGAGCGGGUCGAGCCGUGCAUCGCGGCGACGUCGCGCUGCGGCAACAUGUACACCAGCAGCCUGUACUGCUCGCUAAGGACACUCUUCCUUUUUUUGCCCAUCAGCCUCAUCAGUAACAUCGACCUGGCCGCGGCACGGGGCAAGACGAUUGGCUUGUUCAGCUACGGCAGCGGCACGCUAGCGCGCCGUUUAGCUUGCGCGCUCCGAGCCAAGGCAUAUGGCGCAAAUAUUUUCAAGCCGGCUGGCGACACCGCCUCGCUGCUGCCUGGGACGUUCUAUCUGGAGACCAUCGACGACGAGUACAGGCGGACUUAUGUCAUCAAGCAGUAAUGGGUGAAAGACGCUAACCAUGACAAAGUAGAGAACCGGCGGAGGAAGCGUUACUGCUUUACGGAUAGACAUUUGGCAACGAGAUGUGUGGAACUGAGGCGCCGAAGUGCCAGGAGACGCGGCAAAGACGGGACGGGCACUAACUUAACAGUAAACGCUCAGUCACCCGAAGCCCCCUUCAAAACCCCACCAGAUCCGACAAGAUGAAUCCAGGACCGGUGGGUUCCCACUGCGAUGUGGUGUGGUGACCGCGAAGGUGUUACAGAGUGUUUGCUAGCGUCAUUGAGGGGAG